AUGGGCACGCGGGCUGUGGUGAACUACUCGGAGCCGUGGGUCCUCGGAUUCGAGUUCAGUCGCCCCGAGCCUUUCUUCUCAAUGGGGCAGGCGGACUUCGAGCCCACACGCGACAUCUAUCGGCAUCCAGAUCGUCAAGGUCAGCCAAUGGAAAUGUUCAAGAAAAUCCACGACAUUUACGCGUUAGGGGUGGUGUUGUUGGAGAUCGGUCUGUGGGAGCCUGCCGUGAAGCUAGAGAGGAAUAUGUUUUCGCAUGCCAGCAAUCCUCUUGCUGUCCAGUCGCAACUGAUUAAACAUGCGCAGAAGCGGUUAGAGUCCCGCGUUGGUCGCAAGUAUAAAGAGGUUGUGCUCAAAUGCCUCACGGGGGAUUUUGAGGUGGAAGAUGAUACGAAGGAAGACUUGAAGCUCCAGCAGGCCUUUCGCCAUCAAGUGGUGGAUGUGAUCGAGAUGGCUGCAAGUUACGUAUAG